CAUUUUCAGAACACACCUGGAAGUGCAGUGCACUAGCCUAUGGAUUCAUUCCCUGACAUCCCGAGCUGGAGCUGGCUGGGGAGGGAUCCAGUGCUGUGAAGGAACGAGCGGCUGGAGGGUGGAAGGGAACUUUUUAGAGCAAGAGUAACACCCACAUUAAAGAGUGAAAGAAGGAGCGUGUAUUAGCAAAGAGUGAUUACUCCCAGGCAGCUACACCUCCUCGCCAAGCAACUAAACCACUCAUGACUACAAAGACUUGCUGAUUCUACAUGUGUUCAGGAUGAAGGUUUGUCAAUACAAGAUACGGAGCCAGUUCUUCUGGGCAUUUUUAGUGAUCACAGUUCAUUUCAUCAGUCCUGCUCAGGGUCAAGUGGCUCCUCCCACAAGACUAAGAUAUAAUCUAGUCACUCAUGACAGUGUACAGAUUUCAUGGAAAGCCCCUAAAGGGAAAUUUACUGGAUAUAAGCUUCUUGUCACUCCAAGUGAAGGUGGAAAAACCAAUCAACUAACUCUUCAAAACAGUGCAACCAAAGCAAUUAUUCAAGGCCUUAUUCCAGAUCAAAGCUAUGUUGUUCAGAUUAUUACAUACCAUAAAGACCAAGAGAGCAAGGCAGCACAAGGGCAGUUCAGAAUAAAAGAUCUAGAAAGGAAGAAGGAAACAUCAAGUAAAUCCAAGGUCAAGGGUAAAGAAGGUACAAAUGGGAGUAAACCACAUCCAUCUACAGAAGAAAAUCAGUUCACAUGUAAAACUCCAGCAAUUGCAGACAUUGUGAUCUUGGUAGAUGGCUCAUGGAGCAUAGGCAGAUUCAACUUCAGACUCGUCCGGCUUUUCCUGGAAAAUCUGGUUGGUGCCUUCAACGUGGGUUCUGAGAAAACAAGAAUAGGUCUUGCUCAGUUUAGCGGAGAUCCCCGAAUUGAGUGGCAUCUGAAUGCCUUUAGUACAAAGGAUGGUGUUUUGGAUGCAGUGCGUAAUCUGCCAUAUAAGGGCGGGAAUACAUUAACAGGUCUUGCCUUAACUUUUAUUUUGGAGAACAGCUUUAAGCCUGAAGCAGGGGCAAGAUCCAAUGUGUCCAAAAUUGGUAUAUUGAUCACAGAUGGAAAAUCCCAAGAUGAUGUUAUUCCACCUGCUAAAAAUCUGCGUGAUGCUGGUGUUGAAUUGUUUGCCAUUGGUGUGAAGAAUGCAGAUAUAAAUGAACUCAAAGAAAUUGCCUCUGAACCAGACAGUACUCACGUCUACAAUGUUGCUGACUUUAGUUAUAUGAACACCAUUGUUGAAAGUCUUACUAGAACAGUGUGUUCAAGAGUGGAAGAACAGGAAAAGGAAAUCAAAGGAACAUUUGUUACCACUCUUGGAGCUCCUACAGAUUUGGUCACAUCAGAGGUAACAGCCAGAGGAUUCCGUGUUAGCUGGACCCAUGCACCUGGAAAGGUGGAAAAAUACAGAGUUGUGUACUAUCCCACUAGAGGAGGACAACCAGAGGAGGUAGUGGUGGAUGGAAGUGUAUCAACAGCCGUUCUGAAAAACCUGAUGUCUCUAACUGAAUAUCAGAUAGCUGUGUUUGCUGUGUAUGUAAGUGCUGCAAGCGAGGGCCUCCGUGGCACUGAAACUACACUUGCUUUGCCUAUGGCAUCAAAUCUGCAAUUGUAUGAUGUAUCACAGAGCAGCAUGAGAGCAAAAUGGAGUGCAGUAAUGGGUGCCACUGGUUACAUGAUCCUAUAUGCUCCCCUCACGGAGGGACUGGCAGCAGAUGAAAAGGAGAUGAAAAUUGGAGAGGCCUUGACAGAUAUUCAGCUGGAUGGAUUAUUGCCUAACACAGAAUAUACAGUCACAGUUUAUGCGAUGUUUGGAGAAGAAGCUAGUGAUCCUCUGACAGGACAAGAAACAACAUUGCCUUUAAGUCCACCCAGGAAUUUGAGAUUUUCAGACAUUGGACAUAGCACUGCCAGGAUUACAUGGGAGCCUGCUUCCAAAAAAGUAAAAGGUUAUCGUAUUAUGUAUGUUAAAACUGAUGGGACAGAAACCAAUGAGGUGGAAGUUGGUCGUGUUUCAACACAAACCUUGAAAAGGCUGACAUCCCAUACAGAGUAUACUGUUGCCAUUUUUUCCCUCUAUGAGGAAGGACAGUCAGAACCACUGACUGGCAGCUUUACCACACAAAAAGUUCCAGCCCCACAGUAUUUGGAUGUAGAUGAAGUCUCAACAGACAGUUUUAGAGUCAGUUGGAAGCCUAUGUCCUCUGAUAUUGCUCACUACAAAUUGGCAUGGAUACCACUGAAUGGGGGUACAUCUGAAGAGGUUGUUUUAAGUGGAGACAAGGACACACAUGUUGUUGAGGGUUUGUUAUCCAAUACGGAGUAUGAAGUUUCUUUGCUGGCAGUUUACAGUGAUGAAAGUGAAAGUGAUGUUGUUGCUGUUCUUGGAACAACACUUGCAGGGACUACUACACUAUCUACCAGCAUUGCUACUAGUAGUACUGCAACCUCUAGACCCACAACAGCAGUUUUUCGAACAGGAAUCAGAAACCUUGUUAUAGAUGAUGAAACAACAUCAAGCUUGAGAGUGAAAUGGGACAUUUCAGACUACAAUGUUCACCAGUUCAGAGUGACCUACCUCACUAGUAAAGGCGACCGUGCUGAGGAAGUGGUAAGAAUGGUAAUAGUACCUGGAAGACAAAACAAUCUUCUUCUUCAGCCACUGCUCUCGGAUACCAUAUACAAAGUUACUGUCACUCCCAUCUAUUCUGAUGGGGAAGGAGUUAGUCUCUCAGCUCCUGGAAAAACCUUGCCUCUUUCUGCCCCCAGAAAUUUAAGGGUCUCAGAUGAAUGGUACAACCGCAUACGUAUUAGCUGGGAUGCCCCUCCAUCACCAACAAUGGGCUACAGAAUUGUCUACAAACCUAUCAAUAUCCCUGGACCAGCACUAGAAACAUUCGUGGGAGACGACAUUAACACCAUUCUCGUUCUAAAUCUGUUCAGUGGAACUGACUAUAGUGUUAAAGUAUUUGCUUCAUACUCAACAGGCUUCAGUGAUGCCCUUACAGGCACAGCCAAAACAUUGUACCUGGGCGUGACAAAUCUGGAUGUAUAUCAAGUGCGCAUGACUAGUAUUUGUGCUCAGUGGCAGCUUCACAGACAUGCUACUGCAUACAGGAUAGUUGUAGAAUCUCUUGUUGAUGGGAGAAAGAAAGAAGUAAUCCUUGGUGGAGGGACACCUAGCCAUUGCUUCUUUGAGCUCACGCCUGGCACUGAGUAUAAAGUCAGUGUCUAUGCACAACUUCAGGAGUUAGAGGGCCCUGGAGUAAGCAUCAUGGAAACAACAUUACCAUUUCCAACUCAACCACCGACCCCUCCUUCAACAACAGUUCCACCUCCUACAAUCCCUCCGGCAAAAGAAGUUUGCAAAGCUGCCAAGGCUGACCUCGUGUUUUUAGUGGAUGGGUCAUGGAGUAUUGGAGAUGACAAUUUCAAUAAAAUAAUUGGAUUCCUGUACAGCACAGUUGGCGCUUUGGACAGAAUUGGUCCUGAUGGAACUCAGGUUGCAAUCGCUCAGUUCAGUGAUGAUCCCAGGACAGAAUUUAAACUGAAUCUGUACAAAACCAAAGAGACUCUUCUGGAAGCUAUUCGGCAAAUAGCAUACAAAGGAGGAAACACUAAAACAGGCAAAGCAAUUAAGCAUGCAAGGGAGGCCUUGUUUACUACUGAUUCAGGCAUAAGAAGGGGCAUCCCUAAGGUUUUGGUGGUCAUUACUGAUGGACGAUCACAGGAUGAUGUGAACAAAGUCUCCAGAGAGAUGCAACUGGAUGGUUUCAGCAUUUUUGCUAUUGGUGUGGCGGAUGCAGAUUAUUCAGAAUUAGUUAACAUUGGCAGCAAGCCUAGUGAAAGACAUGUCUUCUUUGUGGAUGAUUUUGAUGCCUUUGAAAAGAUUGAAGAUGAACUGAUCACUUUUGUCUGUGAAACUGCAUCAGCAACCUGCCCAUUGGUAUAUAAGGAUGGCAACAGUUUAGCAGGAUUUAAAAUGAUGGAAAUGUUUGGCUUGGUUGAAAAGGAGUUUUCGACAGUCGAAGGAGUAUCUAUGGAACCUGGUACUUUUAAUGCUUAUCCAUGUUACAGACUGCAUAAAGAUGCCUUAAUUUCCCAGCCUACUAAAUACUUGCACCCUGAGGGGCUUCCUUCAGACUACACCAUUACUUUUCUCUUCCGAAUACUCCCUGAUACACCCCAGGAGCCAUUUGCUCUGUGGGAGAUUUUAAAUGAAAAAUACGAGCCACUUGUUGGAGUUAUUUUGGACAAUGAUGGUAAAACCCUGAUUUUCUUUAACUAUGACUACAGAGGGGAUUUUCAAACUGUUACAUUUGAAGGCCCUGAAAUAAAGAAAAUAUUCUAUGGAAGUUUCCAUAAGUUACAUGUUGUUAUCAGCAAGACUAUGGCCAAAAUUAUUAUUGACUGCAAGCAAGUCAGUGAAAAGACAAUUAAUGCAGCAGGGAAUAUUACUUCGGAUGGGAUAGAAGUGCUGGGAAGAAUGGUCAGAUCCAGAGGACAAAGGGACAAUUCUGCACCAUUCCAGUUGCAGAUGUUUGACAUUAUUUGUACCACCUCCUGGGCCAAUAGAGACAAAUGCUGCGAACUUCCUGCUUUGAGAGAUGAGGAAAGUUGUCCAUCUCUUCCUCAUUCUUGCUCCUGUUCUGAAUUUAGUAAAGGACCACUUGGACCUCCUGGACCACCGGGUGGUCCGGGUGUCAGAGGCCCUAAGGGUCAGCAUGGUGAUCAAGGUCCAAAGGGUCUAGAUGGACCUCGUGGUGAAGUUGGUGCUCCAGGACCCCAAGGGCCUCCAGGACCACAAGGGCCAAGUGGACUUUCUAUUCAAGGACUUCCAGGAACACCAGGUGAAAAAGGAGAGAAAGGUGAUCGUGGUCUCCCUGGCCAACAGGGUGUCCCAGGAGCAUCAGGAUCACCUGGACGGGAUGGAUCUCAAGGUCAAAGGGGUCUGCCUGGCAAAGACGGACCCACAGGGCCCCAAGGUCCUCCUGGGCCAGUGGGAAUACCUGGUGCUCCUGGUGUUCCAGGUGUUAUGGGAAACACUGGGCCACAAGGUGGAGUUGGACCCCCUGGUGCUCCUGGUGUAAAGGGAGAAAGGGGUGAGCGGGGUGAUGUUCAGUCCCAGACAAUGGUGCGUGCAGUUGCUCGUCAGGUGUGUGAACAGAUCAUCCAAAGUCACAUGGCUAGAUAUAAUUCACUUCUGAACCAGAUUCCAAGUCAGUCUGACUCCACACGAACUAUCCCUGGACCUCCUGGUGAACCAGGUCGACCUGGAUCUCCUGGGCCGCAGGGAGAACAAGGAGCAUCAGGAAGACCUGGAUUUCCCGGCAAUCCUGGCCAGCCAGGAAGACCAGGAGAAAGAGGUUUACCAGGAGAGAAGGGAGAAAGAGGCACCCCAGGUGUCGGAACACAAGGACCCAGAGGCCCACCGGGGCCUCCAGGACCUUCUGGUGAAAGUCGAACUGGCAGCCCAGGUCCACCAGGAUCCCCUGGCCCACGAGGCCCAGUUGGUCAUGCAGGCGUUCCUGGUCCACAGGGUCCCUCUGGCCAGCCUGGCUACUGUGAUCCUUCUUCUUGUGCUGGGUAUGAUGUGGGAGGCCCAAUCCCUUACAAUGGCUUCCACUCCAGAAGGUGAAAGGCUCAUUCAGGUUGCAUUUUUCAUUUCAUUUUACUGAAGGUCAGAAAUGGAUAUUGAACUGCCUUUUACUUUUUAUCAACAAUAUUGACCACCACUAAUGGACUUUUUUGUAACUGCUGUAUAUGCACUGAGCUUCCAUGUCCUGUUAAAAUUAAAAUUUGCCUGACCCUUUCUGUCCAUUAUUCAUAGAUUUAGGACAUAAUUGGAAUCUGGUAAAGCAAAUAAAUUGGCUUAAUAUGUAAUAAAGCACAAUGGUGUAAUUUUUGGUGAUGGUUUCCAACUAACUUGGCUGUUGAGGGAUAGGUUUUUGUUUCCAAUCUCUCCUGCUUAUUAAUUGUGUUAAAUGUUUUCAGUGUUCCUUUUUGUGAAUUAAAGAUAUUGUAUUUAAAGAGACAUGUAAUAUUCCAAUUUUCUAAUUAUUACUUUAAUUUUCUGCUCCCCUCCUCCUUUUUGUGCUAACCAUAUGAAUACUCUCGCUGGUGGUGGGUUAAGGUGGAUACGGUGAUGCAACUGAUCAAGACAUCCCCGUAGUGCAAUUGCCACAUAACUCCUACCAAAUCUAUGACCCAGAGGAACUUUAUGAUGGUGAGCAACAGCAAUAUAUAGUUCAUGGGUCCUACCCCCAACCAGCCCAAUAUCCCCAGUCCUCCUAUCCAGAACCUCGUAUUCCUCAACCAGAGUUUACCCCUGUUCGGGAAGAGAUGGAAACCAUUGAAGAAGUGAGAUCCCCUGGAAUUAGUCGCUUUGCAAGAAAAAUAUCAAAAAGAAGCGUGAACUCUCCAGCACACAAGAGAGAAAUUAAAAAACACUCUUAAGGAACUGUUAAAAAGAAAAGUUUAUGUGCAUAUAUUUUAGGCUUGUGUCCAAUUACAUAAAUUAUCAUCAUGGAAAAUUGUUACAGGCUCAUAUGUUAAGGGGAAAAAAUUAUACACAACCACUUCCGCAGAACAAAUAAUUGUAAUUAUUUUGCAUGCCAGAAAAUAUUAGUAUUUUAGUGGGUUGGUGCUAGAAGAUGAUGAAAAGGUCAUUUGUAGACCUUUGAGAUUGUUGUGUACUGUUAAACAUACUGCUCAAACUGUAUCUUAAAAAAAUGCAUCACAAUAGCGGGUGUAAUUAAGACAUUUCAGAAAAGUUAAUUCAGUAGUACCUUGCUGUCCAUGUUUCUCCGUAUGAUUCGUUCCAUUAAUAUUUUGAUAAAUUGCUUUCCUAGCAGAGUAACCUUCCUCAAUUCACCUUUGAAAAGACUGCAUUCCCAGUAGCUCUCCUUAUAUCUGGCUGUUAAAUCCUUUUAUGAAGAAGUCUUAUGUUAAUUGGAUUUUUUACCACAGUAGCUAUUCAAAACAAAUAGCAGUCUAUGGGAACAUGCUGAUAAAUUAUUGUGAAAAUAUUCCAAUUGUUUUGUACACAAAUAAAAAUUGAAAACUUUUGUAA